UUUGCGUGGGCUUCCCUCGGGCUCUCUCCUCCUCUCUCCUCUCUGUGUAUUCGCUUGCAGAUCAACGGUGUUGUGCAAAUCGACAGAGGAGACAAGAAAUCAUGGUUUCUGAAAAGUUUUACUUGCGCUUGCUCACCUUCGUGACCCUUUUGACAGUACUGGCACUCUCGGAUGUCGCAAGUGAGAACACUCUGGAAAAACUCUUGAUGAAAAAGGUGGACGGUGAUGUAAAGCCAGCUGCAGCUGUGGCUGUGACUCCCUCCAGGGCCAAACAGUUCCUGGCCUCCCUUAAAAGACCCAAAAGGAACCUGUGGGACCGCAGCCGCCCUGAUGUUCAGCAGUGGAUCCAGCAGUUCAUGUACAUGGGCUAUGAUGAAGCAAGACUUGAAACGGAUCUGGCCUACUGGAUGGACUACUACCGCUCCAGUGACCAGGGUCGCCAGCAUCACUAUGAUGAAAACUCUCCCAUGGGGCCCCGCAGCGCCGGCUCUUACAGACACGGGGCUAAUGUCAAUUACGACUACUACUAAAACAACGAAGACAAAACCGCCCUGAUUUAGCACACAGCGGCACCAGCUUGCUUCUUCCUUCUGUACUGUGUGCUUCCUUUUGUAAAUGAAAAUCACGAAGGGAAAAAGUCAAUUUUAAUAAUUCACACAUAAAUGAAGAAUGCCAUCAUUUAUUUGAAAAUGACAAAAAAUAAUGGAAAAAUAUAAUAAAAUUAACAUAUAGAGUUGAAAACCACUGUCAUAUACCAUAUGAUACCUUUUUGUGAAGAAAAGACUUUUAGAAAUUCAGGUCAUUAGCAAUAAUCUUGUCAAAUCAUAUUUUGAGCUCGACAGCCCCAGUCUUCUUUCAUAUAAAUUUCAUUACACGCAAAGGAACAAGAAUGAUGUUAUUCAAAAAAAAAAAAAAAAAAAAAAGAAUUCCUAAGGGGUUCGGAGUAAAUGAUCAGCGAAUCAUUUCUGGGUGAACUCGGUGUCUGUGUGCUGUUUUCAAAAGGCUGGAAAGAGUUACAAUAAAAAUCACAUUUUCAUAUCA